AUGGACACCAAUGCCGACACUUGUUGCCUUGGCAAGAACUUUGUGAUCAUGAGUUACACACCAAGAUCAGCAGAUGUUAUGCAUACGACCCAGCAUUACCACCUACAAACGUCCCUAUUGUGUCGGGAGCAACUGCUUUUGAUUGUCCACAGACUGGUACAAAGUUUCGGAAUUCCCCUAUGGGAUAACCCUUUUGACGAAACAAGGCAUGUUGGUAUUGAAUCCAAAAAGAUAUUCAUAGCAUUAAAGGCAAAAGGCACAAAGUUACUUUUUGAUUCAAGGGCGCCAACUGAACAAGAACUUGCAACCUGUCUCCACACCGACCUGACGAGCAAGGUGCCGUGGAACCCAGGAACUGUCCAACUUGGUAAGGUCUCCGCAGCCCACGAAGACACUGAGGACCAUGUAGACGAUCCAAGAUCCAACGAGGCAGAACUGAGACACUUAGACCCCAUAAUGCAAGGGAUGAACGAAUGGCCCACCGUGCAAACGGCGAUGGCCGAUGGGGAAAGAUUCUUGAAACAAAUGGCAAGAACAGGAAACGAACGAUUUGCAGACGUGCCAGUAAGGCCAUCGUUUGUAUCCACUGAACGACAUACCAAGGCAAAGUUGACCUUGUACUUCGAUUAUAGGGCGCCAAACUUGGAUUACUCCAAAUUGAGGUCCUCUAGAGAAGACUUCCAGGCAUACUAUCGAGACGCAAAAGAGGAAAUGCCGCACAACGCACCCAAGCCAAGGGGACAAAGCGUAGGGAGUACCACAUGGGUAGAUGCUUCUCACGGUGCUAACAAGAAGACACGAAAAUCACAUACGGGUUAUGUGAUCUUCCGCAAUCGAGCUCCCAUAUUAUGGCACAGCAAAAGGCAGAACACGGUAGAAGCGAGCACUUUUGGUUCGGAGUUUAUCGCCUUGAAAGCAUGCAUUGAGGCCAUCGCACAUUUGAGAUUCAAGUUGAGGAUGUUUGGAAUCCCUUUGGAGGAUGAACCAACACACAUAUUUUGCGACAAUGAGAGCGUGGUGACGAAUGCAACAAAGGUCGAAUCGACCUUGAACAAGAAGCACAAUUCCAUAGCAUACCAUUAUACAAGAUGGAACGUGGCUGCUGGAGUUGUCGAUGUAUCAUGGACACCAGGAAUGUUAAACCUCGCUGAUGUCUUCACGAAGCGGUUGACCCUGGAAAGACGGGGACGCCUAUAUGGUGAAUGGACGUACUAG